AUGUCCCCUGAGUGCGCGCAGGCGGCGGGCACUGCGCCCGUGCGCAGCCUGGAGCGGGCCAACCGCACCCGUUUCCCGUUCUUCUCCGAUGUCAAGGGCGACCACCGGCUAGUGCUGAACGCCGUGGAGACCGUGGUGCUGGCACUCAUCUUUGUGGUGUCGCUGCUGGGCAACGUGUGCGCCUUGGUGGUGGUAGCGCGCCGACGGCGCCGCGGCACCACCGCCAGCCUGGUGCUCAAUCUUUUCUGCGCGGACCUGCUCUUCACCAGCUCCAUCCCGCUCGUGCUGGUCGUGCGCUGGACGGAGGCCUGGCUCCUGGGCCCGGUUGCCUGCCACCUGCUCUUUUACAUGAUGACCCUGAGCGGCAGCGUCACCAUCUUCACGCUGGCGGCAGUCAGCUUGGAGCGCGUGGUGUGCAUCCUGCGCGUGCAGCGUGGCGCGCGGGGCCCGGGGUGGCGGGCGCGGGCCGCGCUGCUCGCUUUGAUCUGGGGCUACUCGGCGAUCGCGGCGCUGCCCCUCUGCAUCUUCUUCCGCGUCCUCCCGCAGCGGUUACCCGGCGCUGACCAGGAAAUUCCAAUUUGCACACUGGUUUGGCCCAGUAUUGGCGGAGAAAUCACCUGGGAUGUGUCAUUUGCUAUUUUCAACUUCUUGGUACCAGGACUGCUUAUUGUGAUCAGUUACUCCAAAAUUUUACAGGUACGUUUGCUUCAAGCCCAGCUCUGUUUUGUGUUCCUGCAGAUCACGAAGGCAUCCAGGAAGAGGCUAACGAUGAGCCUGGCCUACUCAGAGAGCCACCAACUGCGCGUGUCCCAGCAGGACGUCCGGCUCUUCCGCACCCUCUUCCUGCUCAUGAUAUCCUUCUUCAUCAUGUGGAGCCCUAUCAUCAUCACCAUCCUCCUCAUCCUGAUCCAGAACUUCAAGCAGAAUCUGGUCAUCUGGCCGUCCCUCUUCUUCUGGGUGAUGGCCUUCACCUUUGCCAACGCGGCCGUCAACCCCAUUCUCUACAACAUGUCCCUGUUUAGGAACGAGUGGAGGAGGUUUUUCCACUGCUGCUUCUUGUCGGAAAAGGGAGCCAUGUUGACAGACAUGUCUGUCAGGAGAAAUGAUCUGUCUGUUAUUUCCAGCUAGUUCAUUUUUCUCUACAGGCAUCUAUGUGUUCCCCCUCUGGCCAGCCAUGGUGUGUUUUCAAAGGGAGAUCGUUUCCAUGACCCUUGGCUAUGGUACCCGCUCUCAGAAAAUGUAACCUAUGCAGAUGCCCAUUUUCAGCACUGGUAAAUUAAGAGGUGAUCAUUCAGUAUAACAGUUUUAUCCUGUAUAGAAGGAUUUGCUGUGGGUUCCUUUUCAAUGUGAACUUCUUCGGUGUGGAAUAUGAUUAAUUGUAUUAAUUUUUGUUUGUGACUAUUCAGCAAUCUCAUCUCCUAUAUGUAAAGCCUCGCUGUGCAGUGAGCCUGAAGUGAGGCUUGGAUUCAUGACUCAGUCUUCUCCUCCAAAGAGUCACAGCCACCCUCACUCCCCACCCUGGACUUGCAAGGCUGUAGGAUCAUUCAUCAGUGUGAAGAGUGCUUGAGGAAUUUCCAAGGAACAAGAAUUUAAUUUCCAAGGACUUAAAGGUGACUUUGUUCAUCACUGAUAAUAGGAGAAGCUUUGUCAUGAAGUCACAGAGGAGGUCGGAUGACCCCAAACAUUCAAAAGUCAGAGCAGGAGUGACUCCCUUCCUUGAUCCACCUGUCAGAUGCCUCUUAAGCACGUGCUGAGGCUUAAGCCUGACCAAUGACGUGGUCAGUGUUCUUGGUGGUGGGAAUACAGCAGUGAACCAGACAUCCACGGACCGUGUCCUCAUGGAGCUCACUUACCUUCCAGACGGGGCAGAGAAACACCAAACAUGUCAAUAGAUCAUAUAGUGUUACAGAGUGAAUUAACAUUGUGAAGAAAAUGGGACGGUGAUGACAAUUUAGAUGGAGUGUUGAAGGGCCUGGGAAGACCUUUCUGAGGGGUGAUAUUUGAGUCAAAAGGGCAAACCACAAGGAGGAACCAGUCAUGUGAAUCCGGGGAAUGAGGCUUUGCAGACGGAGCAGACCCUGGUGCUGGUGCAAAGAGACUUGUGUGCUUGUGGGACAGAAAGACCGGCAUGAACAAAGCAAACUAUUGACUAAGCCUCCUCUAGGCCAGGCCCUGUCCUUGAAACCAGAACAGAGGGAUGCUCUGCUGGAGGCCAUCAAUGGAGACGAGAGGGGUUACAGGGCUGGCUUAUACCGGGCUAGGGAGGCUACCAUUGGAAUUUGUUCUGUGUUCAGCGGGCAGCCACUGGAGAUUUGCAUUUGGAUGCGGAUAUGACCUGCUAUUUGUUUUUAAAUAUUGCUCUGGUUGCCCUGUUCAGGAAAUGCUUUGUGGAGCAAGAAUGAAAAUGGACACCAGUUAGGCAGCUGCCAAAGUAAAGAAGGAAGAUGGGGAAGUUUGAGGCGGAUGACAUCGCUGUUGUUGUUCAGUCAUGUUCAACUCUUCACAACCCAUGGACCACAGCAUGCCAGGCUACCCUGUCCCUCACCAUCUUCCAGACAUCAGCGGGGGAUUGUGAGAAAUGAUCUUGGGCAUACUUUGGGAAGACAGAGCAAACAUGAUUUAUUGAUUGACAGGAUACAGAAUGUGAGGGAAAGAGAGGAUUCAACAGAGACUCUGACAGCCAUAGGACGGAGGGCAGGCAGCAAAAAUGGAGAAGGCUAGGAGGAUGG